AUGAUACUGACAAUGAUGAUGACAAUGAUGCCACUGUCCCCUGGUGUCCUGUUCAUGCAGCACUGCUGGGAUGGUGUCCCGGUCGUGCUGCGCUGUGAGGCGCUGAACGAGCGCAAGGCCGAGGUGCGGCUGCAGUUCCGGGAGGUGCCCGGGGACAUCUUCGUGCGGCAGUGCAAGCGCAACGAGCUGGUGGUGCGGGUGCAGCCGUGCGAGGCCGUCUACGCCAAACUCAACACCAAGAAACCGGGCAUGUACCUGCGGCCCGAGGAGUCCGAGCUCAACCUCACCUACGGCAGCCGCUACAAGGCAGCACAGCCUCACUGA